AAGCGCCGGUGGUGUUGCUGUUGUUGCUGGCGGAGGAUCCGACCCGGACCGGUCCGCGAGGAUUCACGACGACGAGGAAGAGGACAUCACCGAGCGGGAGGACGAGGAGGAGGACGAAGAUCCCUGCAGCUCGCCGGAGCCCGACCUUGAAAACGAUUCCGAACCCAUGGAGAUCCAAGCUUCGGCGGUCACCGCGGCUGCCGCGAACCUCCACGCGCUACGCCAGCACGUAUUCAAGAUGUCGGAUUACUGGCAGCAGCCGCAGCGAGGUCCGCCUCAGCAUUCGCCCGUGCUGCAGCACAGUCCCAUCUCGAAUUCGACGCAGCAGCAGCAGCAUCAGCAGCAGGUCCAGCAGAUGCACAGUCCGCUCGGUCAGCAGCAGCAGCAACAGCAGCAGACCGCGGUCUCGCAAGUACAACAGAGCGCGAACGCGACUCUCGGACAAACCGCGAGUCCUCAGCAGCAAUUGCAGCAACAGCAACAGCAGCAGCAGCAGCAGCAGCAGCAGCACGCGCUGUCGAUGAACCAGACGAAUCAAGGACCGCAGCAUCAGUCUUCCCCGGCACCGACAACGCCGUCGCCGCAGGCGGAUCAUCAGGGCGCCAUCGCCUCCAGCAUGGCUCAGAGCCUGCACAGCCUGGCGCAAGCACAGCAGUCCAUGUCGCAAGCGUCGAGCCCGUCCCUGGCGGUGCAGGCCGUUCAGGCGGCUCAGGCGCUCAAUCAGAACCUCGGCCAGGCGUUAACCCAGGCGCUCACGCAGAAUAUGCAGCAGAAUCUCGGACAGACUCUGCAGCACAAUCUAGCGCAGAGUCUGACGCCGAGUUUGUCGCCGCAGCAACAGCAGCAGCUGCUCAACCAACCGCAGAAUCUGAGUCAAGCGAGCCAGAGCCUGCAGCAGAACAUCCAAAACCAGGCGCAAAAUCUGUCGCAAACGCUACAACAACAAGCGCAAAAUCUCACGCAGAAUCUCGGCCAGGCGCUUAACCAGCAAGCGCUACAGCAGCAGGCGCAAAAUCUCACCCAGAAUCUGCAGCAACAAGCGCAGAACCUCACGCAGAAUCUACAGCAGCAGGCCCUCAACAUGGCCGGCACCAUCGCGCAGAACGGCGGCCUCGCCGGUAUGAAUAUGUCGGCCGGUCAGCAGCCGAAUUCGCAAAAUUCCAUGUUGAGUCCGGGCGCGACCAGCCAGGACUCGCACGACGCCACCCUCACGGAGAAGCUCGUCAACGAGUUGCAGUCUCGUGCCUCUGCGGCGGGGCUUGGAGGUGCGGUAGGUGCCGGCGGUGGUGGAGGAAUGGGCAACAUCAGUGAACGCACCCUCGAGGAAUGCUGGUCUACCCUGCAGCGAUUCUUCUCGCAGAUCUUCAUGCACAAGAACGCGAUGCAGAUGCACGCGAGGGAACUCGGCGCGGGUGCGCUGACGGGAAGACCCGGUGGCGGCAUCGCCGGAGGUUUGGCCGGUCUUGGGGUCGGCGUCGGCGUCGGCGUCGGGCCCGGCAUGAUCGGCGGCAACGAGGUUAAGCCGCACCAGUGCCAGCAGUGCCUCAAGUCGUUCUCCAGCAAUCACCAGCUCGUGCAGCACAUCAGGGUCCACACCGGCGAGAAGCCGUACAAGUGCAGCUACUGCGACCGCAGGUUCAAGCAGCUCAGCCACGUGCAGCAGCACACACGACUGCAUACGGGUGAACGACCGUACAAGUGCCAUUUACCGGACUGCGGGCGGGCCUUCAUCCAACUGUCGAAUUUGCAGCAACACCUGAGGAAUCACGACGCUCAGGUGGAGCGGGCGAAGAACCGGCCGUUCCACUGCAACAUCUGCGGCAAGGGCUUCGCCACGGAGUCCAGCCUCCGUACUCACACGUCGAAGGUCAGUCAUUGUUCGAAGUACCCAUGGCAACGAUUAAAGGAGUUGCAACAGCGUGUUGUGUUCCAGCAACACGCCGCCCUGAUCGGCGGCCCGAACGCAACCAGCUGUCCAGUAUGCCACAAGCUUUUCCUCGGCGGUGAGGCACUGAUGGAGCACAUGAAGCACACCCACAAGGACCCGAACGCCUCCGGAGUUGCCAUUCCCUCCGCUGACUGCACAACCUCCGUUGCCGGGGUUUACCUAGCGAAGCGACGGACCGCCAACCACCCGUGCCCAGUGUGCGGGAAGCACUACGUCAACGAGGGUAGCCUUAGGAAGCAUCUGGCCUGCCAUCCUGAGACCAGUCAACUUAGCACGAGCCUCAGGAUGUGGCCGUGCUCGGUGUGCCAAGCCGUCUUCACUCAUGAGAGCGGUCUCCUGAGCCACAUGGAGCAUAUGAGGAUGGACCCGAAGCAUCAAUUCGCGGCGCAGUACGUGCUAAGCCGCGCGGCCGCCGAAAGGCGGGAGAGAGAGAUCCUCGCGAGUUCGAGUUUAGGAGCGGGUUUGGGCGUGUUGGGCGGAAGUCAAUCCGGAGGACCGCAAAACUUGCAACAACCACCUAUGUGCCCGUCGCCGUCGGCCCAUUCGGACAGCAGCAGCGGCAACGGAAGACUGUCGUCGGCCGGUAGUGAACCUGAUUUCUGCGCAGGCACCGGUCUACUGAACAACAACAACAACAACAACAACAACAACAUGGCAUCGCCGGGACCGAGCGGCAACAAACUUAGCGAGAUGCUGCGAGCGGGUAGCCAGCCAGGCUCAGCGCAGCAGUAUCACGACGAGAUGCAUUCGCAGCAACAACGCAUGGCUGUCAUGGCCGCCGCCGUGUCAGCGGGAUUGCAAAAUUCCGUGUCGCCCAAUUUGUCGCCGGUCGACAUGGCAUCGCUGGCGGCGGCUAUGAGAAUGGGCAACAACGGUGACAUGAGCGGCAAUAAUCAAGGAUCGACCGGACCCCAGCAGCAGGGAGUGCAAGCGAGCGGACCGGAGCAAGCUCUGAGGAUGCAUCAGGCGGAAGCUUUGCUCCGUUCCCAAGCGGAAGCUGCCCUUAGACUCGCGGUAUCUCAAGCGGCGGCAGCCGCAGCGAGUUCCGCGGUGGGUGGUGACGUGAGGCAUCAUUUAGGACAGCAUAAUGGAGGCAGCACUUCCGGCAUGCCAGGACAUCAUACGAAUCAACAAAUGUCCCAACAGGACACUCUAACGCCGGAUCUCGGAGAAGCGUUGCGGCUACAAGAGCAGCGAUUAGAGCAGGCCCUCAGGCUCCACGGCGAUCCGCGCGCCUUGAGCUUCACUCUGGCUCAGCACGUUGUCAAUCAACAAAGCAAUCAGCAACCCUGAAAAUUCAGUUACUACUGAGACGAGUGGACCCCUUGGGCGCCGGAUCAGAUGGCCCUGCAGCAGAACGAGCGCAUGAAUCAACAACAGUCGCAAUCGUCGACGGAGCGCUCGACACCGCUGCUCGAUCAACAACAGCAGCAGCAACAGGGCCCGUCUUCCAUCGGUCAUCAUCAGCAGCAGCAGCCACACCAGCAGCAGCAGCAGCAACUUGAAGACCGUGGCGUCAAGAGAAAAGCCGACGAAAUGAUCGGUAACUCCGAAAACGCGUAAAAGCGAUCACGUGCGACUACGGAUAACGAUGACGUCAUCGUCAUCGUCGUCGUUAAAAGUCGACGUGAUUCGCUCGAGCGUCCAAGUGCGGUCGUUAGAUUUUCGCUCACUGUCUCAGCAGUAAGAAAACGUCAAAACACAAAGACUUUGAAGGGAGAAUGUGAAAUUCGGUGUCUUCCUACUCGGAUAGAACCGACGUGGCCGGACCAACCGGAAACCGACCGAGAGGGCAUCCUCCUCUCUCGGCCGACGAACUCUCCGGAUGGGAUCGUGCUAGGAGGAGAGUGAGAAUACGUAUAGCAAUCCGUUGCACGGCGCGAGGCGGAAGGAUCGCGGUGGCGACGGCCAUUUCUCGCGAUUCUCCGCGUAAUUCCACGCGUCGUUGUUCCUACACCGGUCCUGAAUCAAGAACGGAUCUUACGGCGGCGUCUUAUUCAGCGUCGUCCCGUCAGGAUUUUCAGGACACGUCGCCACCGCCAUGCCGCCGCCUCGACUCCCAAAACGUGCCAUAAUAACUAACGAGAAGCUGCUGAAGUAAAAAAAAAAAAAAUCAGUAAGUCAUCCCGGGGCGUCACACGUUCCGGGAUGCGUCCCGAGGUACUAUGAUCUUUUUAGUACAAGAGCCGAUACAAGCGGUACGUGACGGUUGCCAAGGGUCCAACGGGCGACCCUCGACCGUCCCGUGUGGCCGGGCUCAACAAACCUAAACUACUAUAUAAAUAUUAUACAUAGAUACGUCUAUCUCUACCGAACCGCGCUUAAGAAGGUUCCACUCCUUGAACCCCCUAAUCUUAGAAGAAAGCUCCCGUAAUGCUUAAAGCGAAAUGCACACCACCGCAACCACCCACGUACGAAGGCUCAUCGUCAUCAUGGUGUGUGUCGCGCGGUCGCGGCGAACAUUCCACCACCGCAGGUGGUGCCGUGUCGCCGUGUUGUACGGUUGUUAAUUAUAUACGUACCGAAAUCCCCUUCCCCGCGUGUGUGUGUGUGAGACAGACGGACGCAACGCGAUCCGUACGGACGUUCUCCUCAUUUGCGAGCAACGUUUCGCGCGACGACGACAAAGGGACGUUGUUGACAUUUCGCGCUCGAGAAACGAACGUCGUCGGACGUGCGCGUGUCGAAACAGAUACGUAUACGCACACACACGUGUACACACGCACACACGUCAAUACACACACGUAAAUACACACAAAGACACACAUAUGUAUAAUAGAGAACUCUCAUAUAUAUAUGUAUAUAUGUAUAAAGAUAUAUACAUAUAUAUACAUGGAUUGAGAGGAUUCAUCAGCAGCACACUUUUAAGGUGAAGAUAUAAUGCGCGCAACUUGUGCUCGUCGGUAGCACGGAAACUAUUAGCUCAUAAGCGAACAAACAAAAUAUAGUUAUUACAAACAGUUAUAUUAUAUAUAUUAUAUAUACAUACAGAGUAUGAAGAGAGUAUGACACAGACAAAAAAAAACGGGCGAAACCCAUUCACACUUACACGUUUAAUUGAAGAAAAUACGGUAAGCGUGAAAGAGCACUUUUCGUGAGCAAAGCACGCGACGGAGAAGAAGAGAGAAAUAAAAAACUAAAUGCUAAAUAUUAUAUAUAUAUUAUAUAUAUAAAUAUUAUAAAUAAUGAAUAUAUAGGGUCUAUGAGACUAGGAUAGUUAGGCGAAAGGGAAAUAUAUGAGCGAAUGCGGAGCGCGCGCCUCCGUAGAUUUUACGUGAUCCCAAGCAUUGUCGGUGCGAGAAUGCGACAGCACGAGGAGAGAAAGAACGAAGAGCGCGAGAAGAAGAUGAGAGUACGUGCGAGAGGAAAACGAGAAAGAGAGCGUGCGAGCGAAAGGGAGAGAGAGAAAGAAGAAAUACGUGAAUGAUUUUACGAAUGAACGACCUUGGGAUCUGCGUAAACGCGCGGGCGCGCCGUCGAGUGGAUGGACAGAUCGAAUGAACGUGAAUGCUUCGUGAGCAUCAAGGAAGAGCGAAUGCAAGGACGAGAGUGAGAUUUUAGAAUGGCGUGCUUCAGGUAAUCUGAGGUCCUGUGAUCGUUAUAAGCGAAAUAUUUUUUUAUUUCCGGGUAAUAUAAUCUGAAACGCGUAAAACUUCUUGCGUCGUUUUGAACUUUUACUUGCAAUAUACCGUUACGUUCUCGCAAUACUUAGGAUGAAGAAGAAUAAGAAGAAGACGAAUAAGGGUGGAUGAAACAAAAAGAACAAACGAAAAAAAUAAUAUAAUACGAUACGAAGAUGAGGAUGACGAGGGAGAGGAAGAAUAUGAAGAAAAAUAAGCGCGUAGGUUUGAUCGUGGAGCGAACUUUUAAAGACUCGAGCCAGCCCCUUGCCCUCCUGAAAAUGUUCCCCUUUACGCGACGCCCCAUCAAUCCAAAUCGACCAAAUUUUCCUUCGCCUUCCCCAUCUCUCCGAACUUUUGACGAAACUUACGGAUCGUCCGUACUUUCGAUGGGGUUAUCUUUCGAUAAGAGACCAGACGAGACGCUGACUGGAGAGAAAUACGUUUGACAUUUGGUUGAAAAUCAUUUCUCGACACUGGAUAACGCGGAUCCUCAAAAGAACGAAAAACCGACGGAGAUAAAGAGGCGGUUCCAAUGAAAAAAAAAAAAGAAGACAAAAAUAAAGACAACUAAAAAGUAUAAGAAAAUCGAUUCGACGCGCAUUCACCUACGACAUGAUUCGAUUUCUUCGUUUCUUCGACUGGCAAUCGCGGACUGAUAGAGUGCGGAAUUAAAUGGUAGCGUGCCGAAUUUGUUCACAUUUCUGGACAUCAACGUCGACCGCGUUACUGUUGUUGUUGUUGUUCCUUCCGGAGACUUUCGACGAAAUCUUUCGUUUUUGACCGGCUCAUUUUUUGAAAAACACCUCGGCCUCUUUGAUCCUUUCUCUAAAAAGUUCUCCCCUCCUUUCAUCUCUUUCCAUUGCUUUUUUCCAAAAAAAUCGAAAUUCUCUAAAUUGUGUCAAAUAAAAUUUCGCCUACGAAUCUUGUUGGUAAAAUAUCUCCCGCUAUGUUAUUAUAUGGAAAAGGCAUUUUCCAGAAAGAAACUUUAAAAAAAUUUUCUAAAAAUGCUUCUAAUUGUCCUUUUCAUGAUACCUCCCCCUCUUUCAAGCCCCUUUGUUCGCCAAUUACGAAAGUAACCUAACGUCGUCAUCUUCGUUGAACGUAAAAAAAAAACACGCGCCGAAAAGCCGCCGGAUAGCCAGGCUUUUUGACCAUCUGGGACGAGAGAAGGAAAGAUUGCUAAAGGAUUCAUCGUCAAAGCUACAUUAACGAUUGCACUCGUCUCGCGAACGGAACUCGACGGAUACGUCCGAUGUUUUCGAAAAUUUUGCGACUCUCUCAAAAACGUUUCCAUCGUUAUUCGGAUCGAUUAUUAUUCGCGCAAAAUUUAUUCGAAAAAUUGAUACUCUUUGGAUUCACCUUCAUUUCUAUAAAGUAAAAAAAAUUUAAAGGAGGAGGGCCUCCGUCGAGUUCUGGUGAUCGCAACUACGAGUCGAUUCAUUGAUCGUUAUUAUUAAAGUUUUUGCGUUACAGGGCGUUUUUUCCUCGGAUUAAGUAGUAUGUAAAUACACCUUGAUAUCACAAGCAUAAACUGAGAAUUUACUGGUAAACUUAAACGAACGUACAUAAUGAAAUAGGGUUAGUUUCUAUGUAAAUACCUAAAGCUGGACGAGUGCAUACACCUCGUUCACGCAACCAACGAUAAUCGUUUCUUAUCGAACCAGAGCUUCUGUUCGUUAUCGGUGCGUGUCCCUGAUGAUCGGCAAUCGCUUCCGCCUGCUCAAUCCCUCUCCUGCUCGGAAGAGCAGAUUUAACAUGUCGAGGAAGGAUCGCGCGCGGAAACGUUUACCGUCUGUCUGGGACAUCACCGAUCGGGAAAUUCUUUUUUUUUCUCGACACCGAUACUCUUAACACAUUGAUACAUUUACACACAGACACAUUCACAUUAUACGGCAUUGCGAUGGAUUGUACGAUAGGAACACACAUAAUACCUGAAAUGCAAUCUUCGUACACUUUGACGCCCGUAUAUAACAACGUAGAGACCGAUUUUUCGGAGAAUUUUUAUUAGCCAAUAAUCGUGCUUAUUUUUUUUUUGAAAAUUUAAAAGUCAUAGAAUAAUGAGACAUAUGAUAAUGAAAUUAAUAAAAGUUUCAGGCGGUUUUUUUAAAAGAUACGUGCUGUAGGAAAUUGAGAAUGAAAGAGUUUGGAGAAUAUCUGGCAGAAAGAGAGAGUGAGAAUGCAAGGUUGAUAAAUUUCGGCACAAAAAAAGUCGAAUAAAAAUAUAAAUCGAUAUCUGUGAGUUUGGAGAAUGAAAUUAUAGAGUGGAUGAAGAGAGUUAUUUAGGGAAAGCUGUUAGGCACGUAUCGCGCGAUCGCCAAGCAAAAUUCUCGUUGAAAUUUGCGCGGUAUCCAAAAAAAGGAAUUUCCAAUCAAUAACACUUUUCAAAAGGUGUAAUUUUAUUUCACGGUCCCUAAUCGAGCGUCGAGAGGUAUCGAGAAUGAUGCACGAUCGGGUAGUAAAAGCGCGAAAGAGUGAAAUAAGAGAGGAUGAAAAAAGAGAAAUCAGCGUUACUACUUAUACCAUCUCACUAUCACCAUCACAAAAAAAUUAAAAAAACAACAACAACAAAAUACAAAACACUACCACCACUACCACGUCGAGAUCCUUCAUGACGAUCGCGAUCAUGAAACGAUUGAUAGACGGCUGUUUUCGACCGGUGCAUCCUGCCGUGCGCCGAGGGUUGCUUUUUUUAAUUAGCGAAGCGAUACGUAACGAUCGGGACGGGAUGGUUCUCAAUCCUAUCCCGAUCGAUAAUUCAAAUGCACAUCUCCGCGCGAAAAUGGAAGAAUUCCCAAGGCGCCGGCCCAUGCCCCGCGAACGUGUACCAUAAUUUUAAAUUUAAACGAAAGAUAAUGAAAAAAAACACACAAGCGCGUUAAACAAUAGAUCUAGUAGUGUAUGUUCUGUAAUCAACUGAAACGUAAGCGAAGAUAAAGACAAGAUAAUAAUAAUAAAAAAAUGCGGCUCGCGCCGCGGAAAAAACACAAAAAAAAUAAUUUACAAAUAUAUUGAUUUACAUAUGCCCGUAACUCGUAAGAGGGCCGGUGGCGCAACCGCGUCCACCCGCAUGAGAUUUUCGGGCCCUACGACGGCGAUGAAGAAGAGGAGACGGCGGGACACGCGUAUUACAGAGAGACGUUGGAAGAACGAGCUCGCGAGCAAAUCAAGCAAAAGCGGAAGAAGCGCGCGAGAAGCGUGAAAGACACCGUGAAGAAAGAUACGAGGAGAUUGCGAGCGAUUGGAUCGUCCGUCUUCGUCGCGAGAGAUGCCGGCGAGCCGCGCAAAGAUCACGAAGAUGACGAAGAUGAUUAGAAGCAGCCCCGAGCCGCGAUGAGAUGAAGAGGGAGAGAGAGAGAGAGGCUCGCACGCGUCUAACGAGACGGGAGAAUCCAGAGAGGGAAAUCCCGAACAGACGUCACGGACGAUCCGAAGAUAUAAAGCGCACCCGACCGUAGCCAACUCGUGGAAACGCGACUUAGACAGUCGAGAAGGGGCCCACGGAUGAUGAUAAGAAAUAUAAAAUAUAUAUAUAUAUGCAGAAAGGUAUAUAUAUAUAUACAAUAAUGAAAAUCCAUAGCGCGACGUCGCCUGCAAAAUCGGCCCUAACUAUAAUCUUAAUCUCUUUCAUGUAAAUUUGCUAAAUGUUUAAAUAAUCUAAAAAGUGCCAUAGCCCGGAUGCGCUGGUGCAUACUCCCAGCGCAUACACACUCACAAAUACGACUCGAUCUUCACGAAUAAAACGCAAAAUCCGCGGAUCCGCGCGUGCCUGAGCGGCCGCGCGGCUGCGGUAAAAUUGGUAUUCUCGCCAAGGAACAAAUAUACAAUGUACAACAGCGACAGAAACCAACGCAAACAAGACAUGCCCACCAUAGAAGACGUACGGCGCGUACGCGCGUCCCAAUGAUACACAAGUUAAAGCAAAGUUGCCCUGGUUCACGAGCGUGCAACCCCGCGCGCUCAAACAUUUUGCAAUACACGAGCACACAGGUGCUCACACACACAAUAUACAAUGUACAAGUAUACAGUUCUAUACUAUUUUACACUGUGAAAGCACACUUAUCUACACUAUAAUUACACACGCUACGGAUAUGUAAAGCCAAUUAAUUUUGUAAAUUUCCUAAAAAAGGAUUUUUAAAAAGCUACGAUUCGGCCUCGAAUAAUAAUAAUAUUUUCACGCGCGUCACGCAGAUAACGCCGAUUCGUCUGGAAAAAGCUUUCCGGACCUUUCUCAAGAGAGAGAGAGAAAAGGCACGCUUUUCAGACGGAGACGCGUCAUUUCGGGCGCCGUUGAGAAAACGUGGAUAAAUUUUUCAUGGUAAUUCGAAAGGUAAAAUUUGUGGAUAACAUGACAGCACACGCGUUUGUGCUCUCAAUACUAUACGUAAUGUAUAAACGGAGCAAAAUUCGCGGCCUUUGGCAUACGUUUGGAUGCAGUACCGAUGAUGAACGGUGCGUGCACGCUCGCGUGAGAUGAAUGCGAGUGCGCACGCCCAAAACGCGUCCCGGACUUGACACGAGAGUACCCGGAUGUGACGUGUGGGCGGCCUCUUCGUCGGGCUACGAAUCCCCGACGACGGACAGGUGGCGAGGUGCCAGAGAAUCUCGUCGACGAGAGUCGACGAGAUAAAAGAGACAUAGAGAAAGAGAGAGAGAUAUAUAUAUAUAUAUAUAUACGUACAUAUAUCUCGAGUAGAGAAGCGCGAGGAGCGACAGACGAAGCAACGAACAAAGUUCGUGUGUCCUUUGAGAGUGAAACUGAUAGAGAAAAAAAAGAGAAAAAGGCACCUUGGAUGCCACCGGGAGAGACCCCUGUUCCACGAGACGCAAUCACGAGAAAGGUGUAAUAAUUACAUGAGGAACACAUACACAACCAAGAGGAAUGUGGCAGCGGCAAUUGCAUAAGGGCCGUUGUUCGAGUGCGGCUUUACAAGCAAAAACCGUUGGUUUGUUUUUGAUCGGGUUUUAAUUUUUUAAUGAAAUAAUCUCACGACGAAUAUAUAUGACGUACGAUCGCGCGCGCGCGCUCGCGCUCGCCCGCCACGAAGAUUUGCAGCUUUCGCGGCAAUAUUUAUGGGGGCAACACGGCACGACGUACGACGUAUGUGCAUAUUAUUCGUGGCAGUGUGUAUCGUAAGUGCGCAGCAUAUGAUAAAACCGACAGUCUAGCAGUGCGAGCGCCUCGGCGGCAUUCGCGUUUUCACGCGGUGACCCUGACCGAGCCUCCGUGAUUAAAAACCGGAAUAAGUUGUUUCAAUGUCCACUAUAUAAAAUGAAGAGCCAUAGUUGUUAAGGCGGUGGGUUCCGGCGUUCGGCGAGUCGACUCGACCUCGCAUUAUCGCGUUCGUCCUGGCCCCAGCGAAUAAACUUCGAGAGAGAUGACGGCGGCGAGUCAACGGGGAAAACAAUAACGCGCGAGAGAAAGAUUUCAACGACCGCGAAACAUUUCGGCAUCUUGUCCAAAAUUAUGAGGUUCCUGGCAGAUCGAAACGACCGAGGUAGCCGAGAUAAUCCGACUCGGGUAUAUUUGGCGUCUAAAUAGCGACGUUCGGAAAACGAAAUUUUAUUCACUGAUUCAUAUCCUUGCCGCACUUUUAACGUUAAGCGCGACUCUCGAUUUUCAUUCGUUUUUUUAUUCUCUUGGAAAGAGAAUGACAUUCCACGUGUCGAUGAAAAGGGAAUGAAAAUUUGGACGUCGCGAUUGACGCUAAGCGUGUAGUGAAAAUAUGGAUCUUCAUCUCGGCUACGCCAAGCGGAUAGAAGAGUGAGAAAGAGAGCGAGACGGUAGGAUAACAUCGGAAAAGGAGAGAAUCCAGAGACUCUAAACCUUAUGAUCGAUCGAAGUCGUGAAGAAGUAGCGACUGCCAUGAUCCCAAACCAUCUAUACAAUUGACAAUGAUCGACAACGACGAGCGUGCGGACCCAUCGCGCUGUCUCGCCACGGGCAGAUCAUGCGAACACGAUGUGCGAAUCGAUCGUGCUCGAUCGAUCCUGCGAUCGUAUCGCGUGGUCUUCGUGACGAGACGAUACUCUUUUCAAAAUAUUCUUCAUCCUUCUGUUCAGAAGAAUGCGUUUCUUUCAACCUGAAUGAUCAACCCCCCGCAUGCGUGUCCGAGGUGAAAGGCCGAGUCCAUUUAUUCGGCGUAAAACGAAAAAAAUUUAAAGAAAAAAUAGAACAAUGAAAAAAGUUGCGAAUUUAUCGGAAGGUGAUUGAUUACGAAUCGGCGAAUAAAAAAGUGGUAAUCGAAAUGAAGAUGAAUCAGUACAUUGUCCGCUGAGUGGGUGCCUUCGUCAGGGUUUUCCGUUACAGUAAACAGACAGUUCUCAAGUAUAACUCACAAUUAGUAGUGCUAUGGUAGAACAGUAAUCACAAAUGUACCGCAGUUAAACAGUUAAAAUAAGUAAGUAUACGGGAAGCACGUGGUCUUUUUCAGUGUUUGCAGAAUCUCGUCGUACAUCAUCUAUACCGCUAGUCGGGUAGUGACACGACCGGAAGUAUACCGGAUUCAUUUCGUGCGCAACUUCCUGUCCCUCCCAUUCCGAUCCUUCGUUCAGGUACAUAUUUCUUCCCCCUCCCGAUAAUCUCUUCCUCAAUUUUUUGGACUUAGAACGACCGAUACAAAAAAGAUUCGAUCGAAUUAUCGAGAGAAACACAUCCUGUGAAAGUUAAAUUAAACAAAAAUUACCCAACCUUAACCAAAAACCGGUCGCUCGCAUCCCUCCUUCCACUCAACUCAAUCGUCAUUUAACGAAUAAAUAUGAUAAUAAGUGUACUAAGUGUCUGUGUAGUUUAGCCAACGUGUACGUUGUAUACUCUGAGGUAGGCGCGAGGAAACGAGCGUGAAGAGGGAAAUAGGAUGAGAUUGAGCAGGAUAAAGAAGGAGAGAGUGGUAGACGAUUGCACGGUGGAGCCAUAUUUAACUAACUGAUAACAAUUAAUUAAUUACAGUAAUCAUUCAAGAUGACUUAAUUAACCGUACCGCAUACACACAUGCAUAAUUAUUAAUUACACGUAUUCCAGUAUUAUAAGUAAGGGCCAAGCGGUAGCGCCGCGCAUACCGCGCGCACCGCCUCUAUCAAUAAAUAAAUCGCGGAGGCACUCACUACGGAACACGACGAGCAGGGACUUUGGGACUCGGAUGCGGAUCGGAGGGUACCUGAACACGCGAGCCACGUGAUCGUCCGCGAGAUCAAAACUUGUCUGCAACAUGUUAUUCAACGUGAGGGAAUUCAAAGAAAAAAAUAGAAAAAGACAAAAAAAGAAGAAGUCAAGUUUUUCCCUAUAGCAAGCUUAUAUCCGGCUUUUCUCCGACGUUGGACGAUCGAACUUAUAUAUUCGGAAGUUGCUUUCGGCAGUUCGGGCAAGCCUGAAACGUCAGUUUCAGCCGCCAGUCCAUGCUCGACACAGCGCCGUGUCAGGCAACGCGUGUUCAGGUGUCCUAUAUCCCCGUUACUUUAUUGGUCUUUCAAGUGCAACGUUGAGUUAUUUCACUUACAGCGUUGUUUUUCUACACAAUACAAAAUACCCCUACCACCCGUCCCCACCGGCGAACCAAUUCACCUCAUCACGCUCCCUCAGGAACAAAGCAUCCCUUUCACCCACUGUCCCCCUUCCAACUCAUCUCCCUCAUAUACAAUGUUGUUUCACGUUCGUUCGCGAUGAACUUGGUUGCGAGUUCGACGACGACUACGCUCCGUUCCUCAUUAGAUAAAAUUUAAAAUUAUCAGACAAGUUCUUUUAUAUAUAUAUAUAUAUAUAUUUUUUUUUUUAAUUAAGUGAAAAAUUCGAGUUUUUAUAUAUAGGAAAAUAUUCAUUUAUAUAUGGGAAAAUAAGUAUUGAUAUUCAGAAAGCAUUGAUAUUCGAUAUAAUUGAUUUAUGUUAAUAUUCUCGGAAAUUUCAGAAAAUGUCUUGCAAAAAUUCAUCAAAAGUCGAUGCGUCUGCAAUUUUUAGCAUCGCGGAACGGAGCGGACUUGACCUCGACUCCGAAAAUAGCGAACGUUAAGUUUCAGAAUUCAGACUUUUACGUACAGUUAGUUACCGAGUAAUACAGCGCAAGUUAUCGUUAAUUUUCGACGCGCAGCCUCAUUGCGACAAGGGUCACGAAUUAAAAAAAAAAAAAAAAAAAGACGACCUUAUCUGCAUAUUCGAACCGCAAAGCGCGCGACGAGGAUGCGCGUGCAGGUUUAAUGGUAUCGAUUGAGUUUGGUCGAAGUCCCCUUUUGGGCAAACACACCGACGCACUUCCGGUCCCGCCGGCCAGCAUUGUUUGACGGAAAUAUAAAAAAAGAAGAAAGAAAAGGGAAAAAACAUUAUAUCUCUCGAGCCUUCGUGAAGAUCGCGACAGAAGAGGAAGCGAUCCUCCGUUCGAAAUUCAAUUCUAGUCAAAAGAGGGUACAAAGCCGAGACGGGUGUCAACUCGAACAGGCGAAAUCGGUACUUAUUUAAUGCGAGGCGAAAGAAAGGAGGAUACGGAGAGAAGAGAAAAAUGUGAGAGGAGGAGGCUCGAGAGGGAAAAAAACUUUCCAUGGGAUUGCGCAAGCGCGCAUUUCACUCGACGCGCAGAGAAGAUAUUAAAAAGAGAAAUGGAGAAAAUCAGGAAAGUAAAAAAAAAAAAAAUGAUGCUGGGAACGCAAUCUGUGGAAUCG